CACAAAAAAGUCAGACGUUCCCUUUACUCUGUACGCUUUCUAAAGCGGAAGAAGAACAUUUUGCGAUCGUAAAAGACGUCCGAUGUACUGAUUAGAUUAAAUUGUUAGUUCCCGGUAGAAAUGUGACUGUUAGUAAUAGUUAAAAUAACCAAUGCAGUAAAAAAUGGAGUCUAAUGUGCAGUUACAAGCGCUAGUGCCAGUGACUGUGAGUGCGCCAGGGUCGUCUACCAAACCAGCAGUGCCGCUAACUGUUGUUCGUAAUAAGAAAAGGCCAGCAAGCCCCACAAAUGGCGCUUCUGGAGGAGUAAACAAGAAAAAGAAAGUAGGAACUCAGCAGGCUCCACCGAAUGUAGAAGUUACAACUGAGAAUAAAAUGUUGGCUACAGACUGCAGUGUUGCAACCCCAGAUCCAGUGGUGGUUAAACCAUUGCCAUUUAAAGAUGCAAAUUUUGUUCAUUCUGGCAUUGGUGGCGCAGCAGCUGGCAAAAAGAACAGGACAUGGAAAAACCUGAAGCAGAUUCUUGCAGCUGAGAGGGCAUUGCCAUGGCAACUCAGUGACCCUAACUACUUCAGCAUUGAUGCCCCUCCUUCCUGCAAGCCAGCCAAAAAGUACUCGGACAUUUCUGGACUUCCAGCAAGUUACACAGAUCCACAAAACAAGCUGAGAUUUAGUACUACCGAAGAGUUCUCAUAUAUUCGGAUGCUGCCAACGGAUGUUAUAACAGGAUAUCUAGCCUUAAGAAAAGCAACAAGCAUUGUUCCUUAAAGAACUAGAAACAAGACCAUUCUUACUUCUAGAAGUAAAAUAUGUCUAACCAUAAAUGGAGAUGGAGAAAUCUGUAGCUUCCUAGGAUAGUGACCAGGUCUAGGACUUAGAAAACUGGAAACGAAGAGCUGCCUGUAGACAUUUAUUUGCCUCUAUUUUUCACGUAAACAAGGCAUUUUCACAGAUGGAUAUGUCUAAUGUUUAUUCAUUUUAACUUAAAUGUAGCUGUACAGAGGUGGCAUUGCUUUGCUGUUAUUAACAGAGAGGGAAAGACAUGAUGAGAAAAAAAACAUCUAAGAAUCGUUCUGUCAAGAGCAAAUGCUGGCAAAAUUGUACUGAGUUUUUAUUAUUGUAUGUAAACCAUUUACUGACUAGUAAUACUUUAUUUAUUCAUCAACUUGUAAAUAUACUUGUAUAUUAUAAUUAAUGGAGAAAAGUCAUAGAAUGACAAAAUGCUGUUUACAGUCUGUAUAUAAAGCUUUACAGAUAAAAUAUGAGAUGUACAUUUAUUACAUUUGUGAACAUAAAACAUAACAUUAUUGAAAAAGAGUUCAGUUGUGCUUGAAAGCUUGUUUCUGCGGCAUGUAUAACGUUUUCUUCACAUUUACUGAUUGUUUUUUUGUUUAUAUGGUUUAUUUAGUUUAUCCAUUUCAUAGUUCUGUUUAGUUACUUUGAAGGGAAAUCUGAAAUGCAUGUAUAUAAACAGCUGUAACUCAUGAGCACAGUUAAAUGUUUUUAAAUAAAAAAGUCUUGAAAGCAUGUUACAGUGAUUCUAGCUUUUGCUAAAAGCUGAGCUGUAGUAUAAUUUUUUCUCAUGUUUAUUUUGACAUAUUGUGUAACGCUCUGACAUCGUAUUACACAGAGACCAUUAAAUGAAACGAAGAAUUGGACAUUUGUUGCCUUGGCAUGA